GCAUUUUUUGUCAUGCAGGUGUGGCCAGCUUUGAGUUUUGGUUUUCUCCAUAUCACAGGAAGAAAAGCUAGUCUGGUGUCUUUAACAGCCUGUGAUUUUCAUAGAAGGGCAGGUGAUCUAAAACACCAGAAACAAUGAAGGAACACAAAGCAGCAAGGUAGAAGGCCAAGGAUCCUAUCUGGAUUUUACAACUGAGUUCCUGUUAUUGUUCCUGAAGUUAAAAAGUCUUGGCUUCAGACUUUAUCCAAAAACAGGAGAAAAUGAGUACAAUAACUAAAACCACAACUGUAAAACAAGAUGUUACUCCAAUCAAUACUACCCAGAUAGCCACAACUGGAAGUGGGGACUUAAUUAACAAUUUAAUUAAUAAAAUUCCAUUACCAAAAUGGGCCUUGAUUGCCAUCUGUGUAGGUGUGGGUCUUGUUAUCCUCAUCUGUGUCAUCUGUAUCUGUGUGAAAUGCUGCUGCAAAAAGAAGAAGAAAAAGAAAAAGAAGGAUCAACUUAACUUGCAAAGUAUGAAUGGCUCUGUCACAACAAAUCUGGUGCAGCCAGACAUGGAUGAUUUGGAAGGGAACUAUGAGAACUAUGGAAAAUUGCAAUAUUCCUUGGAUUAUGAUGCCAAGAAUGAAAACCUCAAUGUUGGAGUUCUACAGGCAACGGAAUUAAAGGCUAUGGAUUUUGGAGGAACAUCUGAUCCUUAUGUCACUGUGUACCUUCACCCAAAAAAGAAUCCAAAAUAUGAAACUAAGGUCCAUAGAAAAACACUAGAUCCUGUCUUUAAAGAACAAUUUUCAUUCAAGCUCAGUCAAAGUGAUGUUGAGAAAACAUCUGUUGUGAUGCAAGUGUAUGACUUCAACAGAUUCUCCAAACAUGACAUAAUCGGUGAAGUGAGAAUUGCACUUGCCCAGGUUAACCUGAACCAUGCAGUGGAAGAAUGGCAUGACCUAGCCAAAGCUCAGAAGGAAGAGGAUGUGGAACUUGGUGAUAUCUGCAUAUCCCUCCGUUAUGUUCCUGCUUCAAACAAGCUGACUGUUGUCAUUUUAGAAGCCAAGAACCUGCAGAUAAUGGAUAAAGGUGGUUUAUCUGAUCCAUAUGUGAAGAUUCGUUUGAUACUCAAUAAUAAAAAAAUAAAGAAGAGGAAGACGUCAGUUAAAAAGAAAACCUUAAAUCCAUAUUUCAAUGAGUCUUUUACAUUCGAUAUAACAUUAGAAGAAAUACAGAAAGUGCAGCUGGUGAUCUCUGUGUGGGAUUAUGAUAAGAUGUCAAAGAACGAUGCCAUUGGAAGACUCUUUCUUGGCUGUGAUGCCACUGGAAAUAAGUUACGCCACUGGUCCGACAUGCUGGCCAAUCCCAGACGACCAAUUGCACAAUGGCACACUCUCCAAUCCAAAGAGCAAGUAGAUAAAGAACUCAAAGAGCUUAAAAGUAAUUCUCGUCAAAAAGGCAAAAGCAAUUGAAGCCAAAGUACAGUUCAUAAAGAAGUACACCGAAGUAUUAUCUGCUUCAGAUAGAACUAUUUGUCCAUAAUCUGUAACACUCUGUUACAAACUUCUGUAUUCUAGAAGCUGAACCAAACUGGAGGAGUUUUUUUUUAAUAUUUUGUUUUUCAAGCAAAAUAAAUAUACAAAAUAGAAUAUAUUUAUUAAAGAAUGGCUAGUUUUGUGUAAUUGUAAAGCUAAGCCUGGUACAAAAAGGAGCACAGGACAGAUUAGCAACACUGGCAUUUUGGGAUUUCCACUCUUCUGGAAAAUUAUAUCACAAUAAGAAUAAAUGAAACAUAACGACUCAUUCUGAAUAGGUUGCAGCAAUACCAUAAUUCAAGGGUGAAUAUUCUAACCUCCUGAACUGCAUUACUAUGUUAAUGGACCUUUAUUAUUAUAAUUGUAGAUAUGUUAAUAACUGAAGUGAUUUCUUUGCAACUAACAGAAGAUCAAUAAAUUUAGAGAAAUGAAUCUAGCCCUUGGUUUGUGGUGAGAUGGUGGAUUUUGCUCUUGGCUGCAAUUGUGAGGAAGAAUUGGCCAGAAUCUACUUCUGUUUAUCAUUCAAUGGUCCUGGACUAAAUUUGAAAGAUCAAUGUUAUUAAUAGAAUCAUACCUAGUUUUGAAGAGCUUCUAGCAUGAAUAUUUCCUGGGAGUUGGUAGCUCAGACCAAAUCUAUUGAAUAGCCACAUAAAUAAGAUAUAGAAAGCUUUCUGCAACUUUCAAAAUAUUAUCUAACUAGCAGAUAAAGUCCUUAAGUUCAGACAGUCAUAAAUCUGUGGGGAGGCCAGCAAAUCUCAUGAAGGAGAGUACCUUUUACAAAUUUUUGGAUAUUUAGAAUUUUGAAAAUGGGUGUGAUUGAUGCUAGACUGGAUUCAGAGUCUGUGGUGAUUAGAUCCACAGGAUUAGAGUACUGAAGUAAAUAUUUGUGAUAUUCCAAAGCCUAAUUGUAGUUUCUGGGCCUGCUGGAUGAAAUGGUCAUGCUACAUAUGACAAACUGUUGUCAUGGAAACACCCUUACAAAUUAGGUAUCUUGCUUCUCAUUCUAAAAAGUGUGUGGAGGUCAUUGCUGGAGGGAAGCAGAACAGGGUCCUAAAGUAAAUUCAGGAUCACUUCCAGGGAAUUUCAGGAGAAUGCGACUAAGUUUGAUCCAUUUUCAUCCCAUAUGAAUAAUAUUCAUUUACCUCUCCAGAUAUUACCUGUGAAGACAUCCUCUUAAGUUUAUUAUGUUGGAUAGCAUUUAAAUAUUUCUUGCUGUGGUGCAAGUUUGUUAUUAAAGUUUUAAUUGCUUUCACUGCUGAUAGUAUGUGAAUGGGAGCAGGAAAUGGUAUUAGUUAAUGAGCUUUGGAAAUCACACUGGUCCUGAUCUAUUUCUGUUCAGGAUUUUCUUGCCUUUAUCUCAACCAGAAAUUUCCGCCUCCUAAUAGGCCAGGCAAACUGGCAAACUAUUUUCCAGCCAUAACCACAAUGACUUCAAGGGUAAACAGAAUAAAGACUGUAUUCAUCCAAGUACAUUGUUUUCGGAUAUAGAGGGAAAAUAUUACGUUUUUUAAAAAAUCCAAUUGUCACUUAAAUUAUGAUUAUAUUGUAAAAUCCCAUUUUUCUUGGUAGUAAUUAUAAUUGAAUCAAAUUUAAAAGUAACCUAAUCUACUUGCAAUGCAAAAUAAAAAUAAAUUUAAAUACCUCAUCUGAUAGAUAAAAUUUUCUUCCGCUCCUACACUCCUUGAUGAAAACGUCCUCAUCUUUUCUUAGUUUAUCAAUGCUAUGAUGGGCAAUGUUUUCCUCAGUGGUAUAUAAACCACUCUCUGGAUCUUCCUCAUCUGAAGAUUUGGACUUAAUCCAAACUCGAGAUCUAUAAUAUUGUUUUUUACCCCGAUUAACUUUCCUUCUACAUUGCACAGCAUUUUAAAGUCCAGUCUUGACAGUGUUGUAAACAAUACCUCAGCUUUUUUUAGUAUUGGUCACAACUAGGACUAUUACCUGAUUCAAACCCUUGAUUACUUCAUACUAAGUGGCUGAGCCAAAAUUUGCCCAUCAAAAUGUAAACAUGUUAAACACAGAAGUUGUAUCCUUUGACGUCUGCUAUGUUUACUCAAACUAACUAUCCAAAAAAAAUCAUAUUGUAACAUGGUAAAUGAUAAUGUUGGAAUCAUCAGAAAGGUACUCAAUCUGUAAAUUUUAUAUUGAAAGGAGAUUACUGCAGAAAAAAACUCCAUUUUUGACUACAUAACGUAAAAGUAAGAUGAAACCUUGUUUGGAUGCACAACUUCAAUGAGAAUAUUUCAUAUCUCUAUUGUACGUGAUACAGGAUGUCAAUGAAAAGCAAUUGUUUUAUUUUGAUUUAUUUAUUUGACUAGAGGAAAAUAUCCUAAAGGAAAUGGUGAACAAAGAUAAUAGUAAUAGAAAGCAAAUAAAAAUAUAUACACCAAGAGGUCUGUGGAUUCAUUUUCUGACCAGUAUUGAAUUAGGUAAUCCUAAGCAUUACCUUGUUUCAGCAUUCUCAGGUGGUGAAGGAGAAAUCCAAAGGGACUAUAUCUAUUGUUGAUGAUGGAGUCUGGAAUUGGACUUGAUUAGUGCAUUCUUCCUAUUGCACGUUAUUCUUACAAUUCAACAUUGAUGCUAAAUGUUGUGUAUUUAAUAUUUCAGUGAUAUUUGCGUAAUCUUGUAAAUAUAUUGUUUGAUUAAGCAUUCUUGUUCUUUUCCAUAAUUCAUUACGGGUUAUAUGUUUAAGUAUGUGAAUUGCAUAUGUCAUCUCUCUACCAUGUGAUACCUAGACAGCUCGCUUAAAGUAAAUACAAAGUUA